AUUUUUUAUCACGUCAACAAAUACCUUCAGAUAAGUUUUGGCAAUACUAUUUUUAAUAUUGUUAAAAUAUACAAAGUUAUUAUAAAAAUUAUAUCUUAGCGUCAGUAAUAAAUAUUGUGAAUAUCUAUAUAAGAAUACAUCAUUGAUGCAAAAACUUUUAUUUAGAAAGACGACAAAGAAAAGAUAAGUGAUGGACUACGUCAGACAAAUUUUAAUUACGUCUAGUUUACAAGAAACUUCCACAGAGUUAAGUAAUCAUGUCCGCCGAUACGGGCAAGGUGUUACCCGAAGAAGAACCGCUAAAGAAUAGAGAAAAUAAAAAAAAUGAUUUUGAAAGUAAAGGCUUUUUUGAAAAGCUUACCUACUUAAAAUCCAAUGUCACCGUUGAACCAAUAUUUGCUGGUAUCGUUAUACCAUCCAUGCUGGCCAGGCUAGCAAUACAAAACUUAAAUAUGGAUAAGACUUGUCGAUUAAAACUUAAUUUUGGUGAGGAAAUCUGCGAUGCUUUGCUUGAGAGAAAGGGAAAUCUUACUUACUAUGAAGGCGAAGUACAAAAGGUAAUAUCUUCAAUAGAAACUUGGAAAAGUGUCAUCCAGACAGCCUUGCCAACAAUCCUGGUAAUAUUUAUGGGAGCGUGGAGUGACAGAACUGGUAACAGAAAAUUAUGUAUACUUUUACCUAUAGUUGGAGAAUUUCUGGUGUGCAUAAGCAAUAUAUUAAGCGUAGUAUUUUUCAAUGACAUUUCCGUAGAGGUAACAAUGUUCUUGGAAGCUAUUUUCCCAGCUAUUACGGGAGGUUGGGUUAUGGUAUUCUUAGGAGUUUUCAGCUAUGUGGGUGACAUAACAGACGAAAAAACGAGAACAUUUCGUGUUGGUCUCGUUAAUCUGUGCUUAACAGCAGGGAUUCCAAUUGGUGUAUCUUUAAGUGGAAUUCUGUUAAAAUUAUGGGGCUACUAUGGUAUAUUUGCCACAUCUGGACUCAUUUAUCUGACAACAUUUACUUAUGGCUAUAUCUAUUUAGAGAAACAAACAAAACCAGGAAUUGAUAAAUCCGAAAAGGCAAAACCUGUUACAUGUAAGGACAUAGUAACUUUAAUAAAAGAAACUGUAUUGUGUGCCUUCAAAAAAAGGGAUGGACGCUUACGAAUGAAAGUGAUUCUGACACUCCUAGCUGUUGCUAUUAUUUAUGGACCAGAUCAUGGUGAGAAGAUUAUCACUUACAUGUUUGUGAGAUAUCGACUUAAAUGGGACGCUUUGAAAUUCAGUAUAUACUCCACCUACAGUAUUGUGGUACAUUCCAUAGUCCCGAUCGUUGAAAUUCUAAACGCAACUACCUUCACGUCGCUUCGGUCAAUGGCUUCUAAGUUGGUUGAGACUGAAGAAAUGGGUAGGAUGAACUCCCUCUUUAGCUUGGUGGAGACAUUGGCAGCUCUUGUAUUUGAUCCUUCUUACACAACACUCUAUUCAAUGACAAUAUCCGAUUUCGCUGGCUCCGUGUACAUAUUCAGUGCCUGUUUGACUAUACCUGCAAUAAUAAUAUUAGUAUGGCUCUUCACACAAUACCGUAUAGAAACAAAAGUUAGACGGAAGCAAGAAACAACGCAGCUCAAACUUUGACAAACUGUUGACUAUUCCCUCAGAGACUUCAUUGUAUAUUUUAUUUCAUAAAAUGAAGAGAAUCAUUUGUUUUGUUUAUUGCAUGAUGGUUAAUACAGUAAUUAAGAUUGUCAUCUGUGUUGCAUUCAAUGUAUAAGGCUUGAAAAACCUGCACAAAUACAAAGCUGAUUAAACUUUUUUUUUAAACUUCAAUAAAGCGAUAAGUAUACUUUCAAUAAUUUUAAUAUCAUUAAAUAUUCAUGUUGCAUUCAAUUUGUUACUUACGUAUUAAUCUUUUCUACAUACGAGUUAUAUAUUUUUUCUUUGAUUUAUAUAUUUUAAGUUUUUUUUAUUAUGUAUAAAAGUUAAGUUUAAAUUAACUUCACUUCUACUUUGAUGAUUUACAAUACGCAAAAUCUGAAAAUACGUUUUUCUACUUGGAUGAUUAAAUUAAAAAUAAUGAUGGGAACAAUGUUGUUGAAUUAUUUAUUGAAACUUCAUCACAAUAUUUAUAUGUAACCUGCUCUCUGGAUUCACUCGGCGAUUAUAUUACAUUUUACCCGAGGUUUCGGUUACUUUACAGCAAACGUAAACGUAAUACAAUAAAUCGAACAGUAAAUAUGAAAACCAUAAUUUUCUAUUAAUGAGUUGUCACGAAAAUCUUAGAUAUUAUUAUCACGCUGUCUUUUCUUACUUAAUUUAUUUUUUCUCAUAGAUCAACAUUAUCGAUUAGUUUACGACGUUGACCAGGGAUUGUGAUUGAAUAUCACACUUAUCUUUGUAUCAUCAAUAAAUAUAGACAGUACGUUUUAUACGUCUAAGUUCAGCUCAACACUCCUGACCUUCGUGUGUUCUACAUUGAGACGUGCACAGUAUAUUCUGUCAAUGUCACGUAAUGUGUAGAAGACACGAAGAAGAGUGGUGGGUUUUAUAAUAUGAUUUGAAAGUCUUUGGUAUAAAAUGUUCCCUAUAUAAAUAUAAAAAAGUUACACAAUAUAGAAAUGUAAUUAUAAUAAUUUACAAAUUUCAUUGGUACCUUUUUAAUAUUUUCUUCAAACAAAUAUGUUAUUUAUUUGUAUUUUUUUUGUAUUGUUAGAAUUACUCUGGGGAAAAGUGACAGAAAUUGAAAAACAGUUUGUGCUAGAAAGGGUCUGUAAAAUUAAAAAGAAAGUUUCCUUAUGAAGACUACACUUGUAUGGAGAUAUUUUCUAAACACUAGUUUUUUAGAAAUGAAGAAACAAAUAAAAAAUGCAGCUGUUCGAUUUUAUUACUCGAUGUUCUAGUAAGAUUUUCCUCUUAAGAAAAUAAAAGCGUAUUUCAAACUUCAAGAUCCUGACACCUUUCGGCUAGCAAGCAUAGGUUAUAGGUCAAUGCGAUGAUUCUAAAAAAAAUAUCAACUAUGACUAAACAGUUUUUUUUGUAAAAACAACAGUUCUUAAAUAUAGGCUUAAGUUGUACGAUGAAC